AUUUAAAAAAAACUGGUGGAAUUUCCUUUUAAUAAGACCCAAGAGACUUCUCCCACCAAAUUAUCAUUCAGUCUUUAUCUCUUAAUUCAGGCGCAGGCAGGUUGAACAUGGUAAAUUGUUCAGGGCUCUCUGGGGACGGAGCUCAAGGCGCUGCGUGUGACUCAUGAGUGGCUUAUAUUAGCAUAUAUGCUACGUUCACCACGACGAACACAGACCGGCUGCAGACUGGUGGAUGUUCACCUGUGGGAGAGCAGCCGAAGUGCUGGCUUAGCUCUCUCUCUCUCACACACACACACACACACAGUCACUCGCUCACUCAGUGCCCACGGCUGCGAGCAUCUGACUGUCCGUCUCUGUUUAUGGAGGCCACUUUUCCACCCAGCCUGACGGGCUGAGCGCCGCGGUGACUCGACGAAGCUCCACAUGUUCCCAGACACGUCGCGGGUCCCUGAGUGAUGUGAGCUGGAGAGGGAGAGAGGUUUUAUCUCUCACACGACAGGAGUGAAACGGCUCGGCUCACGCGGAGCUGCUCUCCAAGCCACGGCGAAAUCUUCCCCUCACAGGAGGAGCAGAGCGGAGAGGAGCUGCUGCCUCUCAGCCAGUCCGCCUCGGAGCGGCAGAGCACUCAUCUCCGGCGACUGAAACAGGUAGCGGCGAAGUGAGGAAAGGAUUUUUGGACUUAAUUUGACACAAACUAACCCACCGACACACAGAGAGGGAGAGAGAGAGGGAGAGAGAGAGGGAGGAGGAGGAGGAGGAGAGCUGGUGUGUUUCUUUGCUGGGAUGCGGAUUUUCUUUCCACAGCUCGCAGUUCCCUCGCGUCUCUGGCGUUUUUCGGAUUUAACGGCUCUGAGGAGGAGAAUAAGCGCAGUUUAACUGAAGUGCCCUUCACUGUAGUUUCUUUCUUUCUUUCUUUUUUUCUUUUGGACUGCUUUUCUCGCUUCUUAACGGCCAAGAAGAAACAUUGUAGGCGAAUCCUCUCCGGGUCCCCAAAAUAGCCUCUCAAAGCAGCACCUCAGGACAAAAAUCAGCGGCCGAGAAAGAAGAAUUCAAAGAAGAGGAAUCGAGGAGGGGGAGAGGAGCAGCUCGGGUGAGGAGCCGCGGUCACCUCAGUUCUUUUUCUGCGUUUAGUUUCCUCGCGCUGUGACUCGAGCCUCGCUUUCCGCGGGUGAACGUUUCGUCGAAGACUGUCCACUAGUGAGGGAGGUCGGCGAACAAGCUGCUGGCUCGGUCAUUUCCUGCGGCUGCAGACGGCUGGGUGGGCUGAGUGUGGAGGGGCCCUGUGAUGUGGAGCGCUGCAUAGGAGCCGCGUGGCCGUAGAUCAACCUGCUGCUGCCGCCAGUGCUCAAGAUGGAGUAAAGCCUCCCGCCUCCGGAGAUCAAAGGUGCCAACCCUGAUCAGCACCAGCUGGCUCUCGUGAAGGGCAGCAUGAGCACCUGAGCUGAGAGGAAAAGAGAGCUUGUUGCUUUGCCUCCCCGUCACCACCCCAGCGCCACGGCUCCGCCACCAGGAUAAAAGGUGGCUGUGCGCAGGGGGACCCCCGGGGCAGGACCCAUGAGGAGGUAUAGAAGAUGCUCGCAGCCUGGGCGCCUCUGCUCUUCUUAGCAAUGUGGGUGAGAAGCACCGCCAGUGGGCCGCUCUCCUUCAGAAUAGCUGCAAUUCUUGAUGACCCAAUGGAGUGUAGCCGGGGGGAGCGCUUAGCCAUCACUCUGGCGAAGGAAAGCAUCAACCGCUCCAGCAACCGCUCCACCACAGGCAAGCUGGAGGUGGACAUCUUUGAGCUGCUGAGAGACAGUGAAUAUGAGACAGGAGAGACCAUGUGCCAGAUCAUGUCUAAGGGGGUGGUGGCGGUCCUCGGCCCCUCUGCCAGCCCGGCGUCCAACUCCAUCAUCAGCAAUAUCUGUGGAGAGAAAGAGGUGCCGUACGUGAAAGUGGCUCCAGAGGACAUUCUGAAGGUGCAGUUCCCCCGCUUCACCACCUUGGACCUCAGGCCCACCAACACGGAUGUCAGCCUGGCUGUAGCUGGCCUCCUCACCUUCUUCAACAGCACCACGUCCUGCCUCAUCUGUGCCCAGGCCAACUGCCUAUUAAACCUGGAGGUGUUACUGCGACAGUUUCUCAUCUCCAAGGAAACCCUUUCGGUUCGCAUGCUGGAUGACAGCCAAGACCCAACCCCCCUCCUCAAAGAGAUACGAGACGACAAGACCGCCACCAUCAUCGUCGAUGCCAAUGCCACCAUGUCCCAUAUCAUCCUGGAGAGGGCAUCAGAGUUGGGCAUGCUCUCUGUCUACUACACCUACAUCUUCACCUCUCUGGAAUUCUCUCUGCUGCGACUGGACGAUGUAGCUGACCAACGGGUGAACAUUGUCGGCUUCUCUGUCUUCAACAAGACACAUCCCUUCUUCCAGGAUUUCCUUCUCAGCCUCAACCGCUCCUGGCAGGAGAACUGUGACCACGCCCCUUUCGCAGGAACACCGCUGUCCUCGGCGCUGCUGUUUGACGCGGUACACACGGUGGUGGCAGCUGUGCAGGAGCUGAAUCGUAGCCAGAAUGUGGGGGCCACUCAGCUGUCCUGCAAGUCCUCCAAAAUAUGGGAGCAUGGGACCAGCCUGAUGAACUACUUGAGGAUGGUAGAAUUGGAAGGCCUAACAGGCCACAUUGAGUUCAACAGCAGGGGCCAACGCUCCAACUACGCCCUCCGUAUCAUGCAGAACAGCAGGGAUGGCCUAAGGCAGAUUGGCCAGUGGCACUCAGAACAGGGGCUGUCCAUGGAGAGAAAGCUUCCCUCACUCAAUGUGACAGACACGCUCUUCAACACUACGCUCAUCAUCACCACUAUCCUGGAGAAUCCCUACGUGAUGCUAAAAUCCAACUACCAGGACCUGCAGGGUAAUGACCGCUAUGAGGGCUUCUGUGUGGACAUGCUGAAGGAGCUGGCAGACAUCCUGAAGUUCAAGUACCGCAUUAAGCUGGUAAGCGAUGGUGUGUAUGGAGUGUCUGGAGCCAAUGGAACCUGGACGGGCAUGGUGGGAGAGCUCAUCGCCAGGAAGGCUGACCUGGCUGUGGCUGGCUUGACCAUCACAGCCGAGAGGGAGAAGGUCAUUGAUUUCUCCAAGCCCUUCAUGACUCUGGGGAUUAGCAUCAUGUACCGUGUGCACUUGGGAAGAAGACCAGGGUAUUUCUCCUUCCUGGACCCAUUCUCUCCAGGGGUUUGGCUCUUCAUGUUGCUGGCGUAUCUGGCAGUUAGUUGUGUGCUCUUUCUGGUAGCCAGGCUCACCCCCUACGAGUGGUACAAUCCACACCCCUGCCUGAAGGGACGCUGUAGUCUGCUUAUUAAUCAGUACUCUUUGGGGAACAGCUUCUGGUUCCCUGUUGGGGGGUUCAUGCAGCAAGGCUCCACCAUUGCCCCCAGAGCUCUCUCCACACGCUGCGUCAGUGGAGUAUGGUGGGCCUUCACCCUCAUCAUCAUCUCUUCCUACACGGCCAACCUGGCUGCCUUCCUCACUGUGCAGAGGAUGGAGGUGCCCAUCGAGUCCGUGGACGACCUGGCAGACCAGACGGCCAUUGAGUAUGGCACCAUGCACGGAGGCUCCACCAUGACUUUCUUCCAGAACUCCCGUUACCAGACGUACCAGCGCAUGUGGAACUUCAUGCACUCCAAGCAGCCCAGUGUGUUUGUGAAGAGCACUGAGGAGGGCAUUGCCAGGGUGCUGAACUCCAACUACGCCUACCUGCUGGAGAGCACCAUGAACGAAUACUACCGGCAGCGCAACUGCAAUCUCACACAGAUAGGGGGCCUGCUGGACACCAAGGGCUACGGCAUUGGCAUGCCUCUGGGCUCGGUGUACCGGGAUGAGUUUGACUUGGCCAUCCUUAAACUGCAAGAGGAGAACCGGCUGGAAAUCCUCAAGAGGAAAUGGUGGGACGGCGGCAAAUGUCCAAAAGAGGAGGACCAUAGAGCCAAAGGCCUUGGCAUGGAGAACAUCGGAGGGAUCUUUGUGGUGCUGGUGUGUGGUCUAUUAGUAGCUAUCUUCAUGGCGGUGCUGGAGUUUGUAUGGAUGCUGCGUCAGACUCCAGGAACAGAGCUAUCGGUGUGUGAGGAGAUGCUGCGCGAGCUGCAGGGCAUCGUGCUGUGUCGGGACAGCCUGCAGCUGCGGCGGCGUCGCGGAGGUUCCUCAGCUUUGCGACCACGGCCCCUGGCCCUGGAGGAGCGGCGGCAACGAGCCACGGCCGCCAGCCUCAGCAAUGGCAAGCUGUGCACAGGUAGUGGCCUGCCCGAGCCCCUCCCCCACAGACUGGCUCAGGAGGCAGCCCUGGCAGCACGUGGUUGCAGCCACAUCCGCAUCUGCCCUGAGUGCCGGCGCUUCCAGGGGUUGCGCGUGCGUCCAGCCGGCCCACCGGGGGCCUCACCCACACACAGUGAGGACAGCAUGGAAUGGGAGAAGACCACCAACAGUAGUGAACCUGAAUAACCAGCCUGUGGACCCCGCUGUCCAUGUUCUGGAUUGGAACUUGAGCAGACCCGGGGUGUUGGCGCCUCCGAAAGGCAGGAUGCUACGCUCACACUGCUGCAAUUCGAGGACGGACUGAGGAGCCUAGGACUCCACCCAUCUGAACUCCCAUGUGCGGAUGUGUUUGUAUUUCAUGGCCCUUCUCCGGAGGGGAUCUGGUCUCUGUAUACACUGCCCCCUCUGUCAUCUGCCCCAAAUGGAGUUUUUGGAGCAAACAGCAGAGGGGCUUUGUCCUAUGCAGUAUUUUUUUUUCUUUUUUUGUCUUACCGUGCUGUUGAUUUUAAUUUUUAAAUUAUUCCUCCUUUGGUUGUGACAUCAAUCUAUUACAAUGGCUAUUAUCUUGUUCUCACAACUAUCCAUAAAUCCUCCUUUUUGUUUCUACAGCCAGUGGAAAGAGACUUCCUCACAGUAGACAGCUGCAGAGAACAAGUUGCAAAGACUUUUCACACCAUCAUGUUCUAGAACCAUUUUUUAAAGUGCCAAAUAAACUUUGUAUUGAUUUUGUGCUAUUUCAGCAUCAUGGCCUUGAGGAUAUGACGACAAAGAGAACUGAAACACAAAACCACCACGGUCUGUUUUUAAUUAUAGUGAUAUUCUAUUAUAAAAGAUUUUAAAAGAUGUUUCUGGAGGUUUGAGGUGCAUGUCAGAAGGUUUUUGAUGUUGGUGAAUGGAAAGUAUGAGAGAAUUUUUGCUUUUCCUAGUCCGUUCUUUUGCCCAGCAAGUUUGAAACCCUUAUCAAAGAUAUUUGUUGGAUUUAGCUUGUGCUGAAGGGAUUUUGUAGAUCAUCAAGCAUGAUUUGAGACUGCGGAAUGCUACGGUUCUAGCUGGCAGAGGUGUUCUGAGAAUAUUUGCCUCAUACUGUAGCAUUUUCAUAGGGCUGUUAACUGGAAACUGUUUCCAUUUUCAUUUUUCUGUAGUCUGACAUUAACAUCAGCUCUAUAGGAAAUCAGGACACCGUCUGUCAACAACAUCAUUUCCACUACUAAUGCUAGUUAGAACCUUUGGUAACACUCUCUAUGUAUUCAUAAUCCUGUAUUUAUGAGCCAUUAUAAAUGCACUUAUAACUCUUUGUAACUUGCCAAAAAUUGUGUGUAAGCAUAUUUAUAAACUUUCAUAAGGCUUCAUUAGGCUGUAACAAUGGGCUAAUUAUUUUGUGACUUUGUGACAUGUAGAAAUUCAGGUAUUACUACUCGUUAUAAUGCUUUUUAAUUGGUAAUGAUCUGUGCAUAAUUAUAAAGCACCUAUAAUAUAUUAACAACUAUAUAUAAAAAAACAUGUCAAAUAUCAUCACUGAGUGCUUUAAGUGACAUGAUUGAUUUUUUUUUGUUAUUCUUUGUUAUAAAUCAAUUUAUAAGGUACUCAUAAUUUUUCUCAUAAUUACAAAAGCACAGGCACAUUAUUGCAGUUGAAAUUCUAAAGAAAUACACUAAACACCGUGAUUUUGUACAGUAAGAACAAUUGCUUUGUACAUUGUUCUACAUGGAUGGAUGGAUGGAUGGAUGGAUGGACAUAGUGACGUAUAGGGGACACAGAAAUGUGAAUACACCAAAGUAUCACUUGUAUAUACACUUGACGUUAUGACAUUUUAAAUGUUCAUAAUGUUUUCAUUAUUAUUAAGAUGCAUAAUGUUUUAUAACUAGGUGCAGGUCAUUAUCUACUUAAAUAUAUGUAUACAUAUAAUGUAUGCUUAGAAAGCAUUGCUACCAAGUUACAAAGAGUUAUAAACACUUUUAUAACACUAUCAAUACAGGCUUCAUGGAAAGUGUUAUUGAACCUUUUCAUCUCACAGUCUCAAAGUCUUUCGUUCAGCUAGGAGUCUGCUCUCAGUUGCUGGAGCACAUAUAAGGAGGGAGAUGACAUGUUUCUCAACUAACUGUACGGCUUCAGCAGCAGCCUUUGGCCACACAGUGAGUCUGUGGGCUUGAGAGUGUACAGUUACACAGUGUUAAGGAAUCAAUGUUAUUUUAAGUAGCACAAAACUCAAAAGGGUGUCAUAAGGAGAGGACAUGUCAUCUCUCAAAGAUCUCAGCAAGUUUAUCAUGCUGCUCAGUCCAGGUUUGUUUUAAUAAAGGGUGACAUAUUAAGAUUUAUUCAUUUCCUAAACACCCAUGUUCGUGUGCACAAUGAAGGGACAUGUCUAUAUAAACUCCUGGGUAAGAUAUUAAAGGGAAAUUAUACUAUUUUUAAAAAAAUUCUGCAUAAGUACGAAUAGUCCAGAUGUAAACAGUCAUUCAGGUGCUUCAGCAUGAAAUGGUUCAUUGUAGAGAAACUUACUGACGCUUUCUUUUGGUGGUAAGAACCAGGGCUCAUGAUGUCUCCAAUGCAAAUAACAUUUUAGUUCCUAUCAAAAAUAGUCAGUGAACCGAAUGGGUUUUCAUAAGUCAUUGUAAAACAAUGUCUCUGAUAUGAGGCAGGGUAUUCCACACCUUUACUUGUAAUGACUUUCUGUAAGGGAGCCUUUGAAGAUGGUUCCUAUCACCACCACUGUGAACAAUUCUGACUUGGUACGUUUCUCUGAAAUGGAGCAUUUCAAACCGACCCACUGUAAAUGACUGUUUAUAUAUUAAAUUAAUUAAGUGGAACAGUUUAAAAAUUGGUGCAAUUCCCCUGCAUGAUGUAGGGCCGUAUUACUAACAGUCCCAACUGGCAAAACGGUAAUACCAAGCGUCAAAAUGACAUCUCGUCCAUUUUUGAUUUUUAUUAAUAUGAAUGAUCUUCAACAUCCAUUUCAUAGUUAUACAGCUGACUUUCUUACAUGUCUCUUGUGUUUUUCUUUUAUUUUAUUGUGUUUUCUAAAGACGCAUUCAGUCUGGUAUUUCACAACAGUGUGAAUGCCCAUAAAUCAAUAAUAAAUGGCUCUGCGUUUU